GGAGGCACACAAGCAAUAAAGCAUUAUGUACCCCAUUGUUCCCUCAGAAAUAGAGAAUGUUAUGUAAGAAUUAUUCUUGUCAACAGAAUAAAAAAUUAAAGACUAAAAGCAGUUAUGGACCAUGCACUAAUUCCCUAUGGUUGCUUCCACACAGGCCCACAGCAGAGUUCUUAAAAAGAUCCAAGAAGACUGGCAAGAAGAUUACAAGGACUCAAAACUUUGAUCCAGAUAGAAAAGAAUACAUCGUGACUCAGGAAGCCCCCCCCCUUUUUUUGGAUUUGCAUGUUUGAUGAUCCAAACAAAUACCACAACCAUCAUUAAAAGGCUCAGAGCAAAAAUGACAUAUUAAUUUUAACAUUUAUUUUCCAGCUAAGGAAUUCUAGUAAAAUUAAAUUAGUUAUGAAUCACAAUACAAAUCAUCUAGUAUGAAUUGAUACACAAAGAAGCAGGUCUAUUAAAAAUUGGUAACCCCUGUUGAUUGAAUUUGGUGAUAAUAAUGGUGAAAGGAAGUUGAUAAAGUAGCUCUCACAACUCAUCCUGUGAUCAAAUUUAACACAGAUUAAGAAAAGUGUAGAUUGGUAUAACAUAGAUAUUGGGGAUAUUUUUAUAAAAAUAUGGAGAAUUUGUAGUGCUUAUUGGAACAUCUAUUUUUUUAUUUCUAUUAAGCCCAACUUUUGUUGAUUGCCUUGAUGAGUUCCCGAGGAUGAGCUGUGGAACAUGGCCCUGGGAAACUCUUUCCAAUUAUAAGUACCAAUCGUCCCUUUAGAAUGGUUCCUUCCUACUUUUCAGGUUUUUAAAUUGGGCUUGUGUCGUUCUGUCUGUAGCGGAUGAGGUGGACUUUACAUUGUAGUCUGAUUCUCAGUGAUAGAUAAUGCAGUGAAGCUCAUGACUACAUGCGGACAGCAGCUGAAUCUAAAACGUUUUUUCUUGUACAUGCUGCACAACCAUCAGCAUCUCAGAAAGAUUUUGUAACUACCAGACUGUUCUGAGAACACUGGUUAAAUACUUGAAAGGACUACAGAAACAGUAUAGUUAUAUUACUAAUAUUGUGAGAUUCUUAAAGAUAAAUUUAGAAUAAUACAUGAGAUUUUCUGCUUACGGUUUGCAAGCAUUAAAAUCUUUCAAUACUUCCAAUAUUAUGCAUGACAGUAUCUCUGCAUUUGAAUACUUAUCACAAGAACAUACUCAUUACAGGAAAUAAUUGAGUCUGGCAAUAUUGUCCCUGGAGAUUUGGAAAGUUUUUAUGUUUUUAACUUUGCUCUAAAUAUUUGAUCCCUCCCAGGCUCACUCAUAAUGAUUUCAAUUGUCUCCAUGUCCUUACGUCUGAUCCUUUGGAAGAUGUUUCCAAAGCUUAAAAUGCAAACAAUCAUUUAGAGCAUAACAAAGACCCACAAGAAACUCUGGCCCAUUAGAAAACAUUAUAGUGUUUUCUAAGAUUCAGCCAGAAUCUUUUAAAAAUCAUCUGUUGAUUUUUACCCGAUAACAGACUACAGGUAAGUAGAAACCUUAAGCAAAUAACGGGAACACCCCAUGCUGUCUUGUUCUCACCUUUGCCCCUGCAUCUCAACAGGGCCAAGAAUGAAGAAAGAUGCUUUUAGAACAUUAUGCACAGCAGCCAUUAAGGGCCUGACCUGAUUCUAACCAGGAAAGCAACCUACUCUUCAGGAUUAUCAUACAUCAUAUUCUGUCUUUUUGUUUUGGAAUUUGGAGUUUGAAGUUGUGGAUAAGCUAUCAGCAAAGAUUCUUUUAGUGGAGACAUCUAUUUUUCCCUCACACACAUUUGGAGCUUCCCUCAUUUGGUGUCACAGAGAUCUGCAUUUCAGAACACUGAAUAUCAUCCUCAGGAAAGCUUUUGAGUUCUACCGGAGGACGGACAUAUUCAUAUGGAGAGAGCCAACGGUUCCAUGUUGACAGAAUUUGUCUUGGUGGGGCUUUCUGACCACCCAAAGCUCCAGAAAGUUUUAUUUGUUCUGGUUUUGUGCAUGUAUCUGCUGAUCCUGCUUGGGAAUGGAGUCCUCAUCUCAGUAGUCGUCUAUGAUGUGCACCUGCACACCCCCAUGUACUUCUUCCUCUGCAACCUUUCCUUCCUGGACAUCUGCUACACAAGCUCUUCUGUCCCACUCAUUCUCGGGAGCUUUCUGAAAGGAAGGAAGAGAGUUUCCUUCCCUGAGUGCAUGGUCCAAAUGUUCUUCUCCUUUGCCAUGGGUGCCACAGAAUGUGUGCUCCUAGGCACGAUGGCACUUGACCGCUUUCUGGCCAUCUGCUACCCACUGAGAUACCCUGUUAUCAUGAGCAAGGGUACUUAUGUGCCCAUGGCGGUUGGAUGCUGGGUUGCUGGGACUGUUGACUCGUUGGUGCAGACAUCUCUGGCAGUGCAUUUACCAUUCUGUAGUAACAAUGUCAUUCACCACUUUGAGUGUGAAAUUCUGGCGAUUCUGAAACUGGCUUGUGGAGACAUUUCAAUCAAUGUGAUUAGCAUGGCAGGGUCAAAUCUGCUUUUCUUAGCUCUUCCAUUGAUAGUCAUUGCCAUCUCUUACGUUUUCAUCAUUGCCACCAUCCUGAGGAUCCCUUCCUCUGAAGGAAAACAGAAGGCUUUCUCCACGUGCUCUGCCCAUCUGACAGUGGUGAUUAUAUUCUAUGGCAGCAUCUUCUUCAUGUAUGCAAAGCCAAAGUCUAAAGCCACUGCUGGGGGAGAACAUCAAAGCCUGACUGAGGUCCUCAUCUCCUUUUUUUAUGGGGUGGUGACCCCCAUGCUCAAUCCUCUCAUCUACAGUCUGAGGAACAAGGAUGUGAAGGCUGCUGUUCAAAGCAUGCUAGGAGGAAAUCGUCUGAUGAAACAUAAAUGAUUAUUUGUUUAGACCAUGGACUUGCUAUUGGAAGUUGUGUUUACAUAAACACAAAAUUCAUAAAGACCGAAUGACACAUGAAAAUUCAAAGACAUUAAAAUAUUUUGGUUGCUUUUUUACAGUUACGUUUUUGUUAUGAAUGCAGAAAUGAGACACACUGUCAUUUGUUAAAUAUACUGUUACAGAAAUGCAAGAAUGCU